UUCUGACGAAGAUAGAUGCAUCUUCUUUCUGCACCAUAACCACACUAAAAAUAAUAUUAGCAUUCUUGUUGGACUUUCUGCAGUUUCUAGUGCCGUUUGUACGAGUCACAAUGGAAAUAAUACGUACAAUGCUGCGAUCAUUAGUGUCUAAAAAACUGAAGGAUGUAAGCAAAGAUAUUGUCCUGAUAACAGGCACAGGGCACGGAAUCGGUAAGGAGCUAGCCUUAAUCUAUGCCGGCUAUGGCAGCACAGUUAUCUGUGUAGAUAUCAACGAGAAGAACAACGUAAAGACCGUCCAGGAGUUGAAGCACUUAGGUCGUGGCGUAGUCUACAGUUUUGGCUGUGAUGUAUCGAAACGUGAUCAGGUGGAUCAGCUGGCCACGCGUGUGCUCAAGGAUGUGGGGCCUGUCUCUGUCUUGAUCAAUAAUGCGGGCAUCAUGCCAACGCAUCCUUUGACCCAGCAAACCCCUGAAGAGAUACUUCGCGUAUUCGAUGUUAAUGUCUUUUCCCAAUUCUGGACCAUACAAGCAUUUCUCGAUCAAAUGAAGAAACAGCGCAAAGGUCACAUAAUCGCAAUGUCGUCCGUUGCCGGAGUGGCGGGUUUACCCAAUUUGGUUCCAUAUUGUGCAACGAAGUUCGCUGUGCGCGGCCUGAUGGAAGCAUUGUACGAAGAGAUACGCAACGGACCCUACAAAAAUCAAAUAAAUCUAACAACUAUUUAUCCAUACAUGACCAAUACGGGCCUCUGCAAAAAUCCGAGGAUUCGGUUUCCUAGUAUUUUGGGUUUGUUGGAUCCCAAACAAGUGGCUAUGCGCAUUGUGAAGGCUCAUCGUUCCAAUCGCCUCGAAUUAAGUAUACCUAGCUUCCUGCUGCAUUAUAACAAUUGGACUCGACUGUUGCCCAACAGUUGGCGCUUUUUUUUAAACGACAGUAUUGGCAGUGGUGUGCAGUCGGAUUUGAAGUAAUGUUAUAUCUUUGUCAUUGAAUAUGCAUGGAGUAUUAAAGGUUUUAUUGGCCAUCUA